GCCGCCGCCGCUGCCGCGGCGCAGAGCGCACCCCGCGCCGCGCAGGCUCCGCUCGCCUCCGCUGCUUUCUCGGUGCCGCAGGUCCGCUCCGCUCCGCCGCCGGCCGGCAUGGGGCUGCUGUCGCAGGGCUCGCCGCUGAGCUGGGAGGAGACGCGGCGGUACGCGGAGCACGUGCGGAAGCACGGCAUCCUCCAGUUCCUCCACAUCUACCGCGCCCUGCGCGACCGCCACAAGGACGUCCUUAAGUGGGGCGACGAGGUGGAAUAUAUGUUAGUAAAAUUUGACCAUGAGAACAAGAAAGUGCGCUUGGUGCUUUGUGGUGAAGAAGUUCUUCAAACACUGCAAGACAAGGGAGAGAAGGUAAACCCCAACCACCCAACACUUUGGCGACCAGAAUAUGGAAGCUAUAUGAUUGAAGGGACACCUGGACAGCCAUAUGGGGGAACCAUGUCUGAAUUCAACACUGUGCAAGACAACAUGAGGAAAAGAAGGCAAGAGGCUGCUUCUGUGCUCAAAGAAAAUGAGGCUGUUUGCACUGUGACAUCAUUUCCAAGGUGUCCCUGGUUUACGCUGCCAAAUAUAACACCAACGCCUAUAGAAGGAGGUAGCUUCAGAAAAUCCCUCUUUUUCCAGAUGAAGCCAUCAAAUAAACAUCCUAGAUUUAGUACACUGACCAGAAAUAUUCGUCACAGAAGAGGAGAGAAGGUUGUGAUAAAUGUACCAAUAUUUAAAGAUAAGAACACACCAUCACCAUUUACUGAAACAUUUCCUAAUGAUGAUGGAGAAGCAGCUAAGGCAGCUAAGCCAGACUAUAUAUACAUGGAUGCUAUGGGCUUUGGAAUGGGAAACUGUUGUCUUCAGGUAACAUUUCAGGCUUGCAGCAUUUCUGAAGCAAGGUAUCUCUAUGAUCAGCUAGCCACAAUCUGCCCCAUUGUGAUGGCACUGAGUGCUGCAUCUCCAUUCUACAGAGGCUACGUGUCUGAUAUUGACUGUCCGCUGGGGAGUAAUCUCUGCAAUCUGUCGAUGAUCGAAACAAGGGAAGAGAGAGGGCUAGAGCCACUGAAGAACAACCAUUAUAGAAUCAGUAAAUCCAGAUAUGAUUCCAUAGACAGUUAUCUAUCUGAAUGUGGUGAGAAAUACAAUGACAUUGAUUUGACAAUAGACAAAGAUAUCUACGAGCACCUGAUAAAGGAAGGUAUUGACCACCUUUUGGCACAGCAUAUUGCACACUUAUUCAUUCGAGACCCGUUGACUUUGUUUGAGGAGAAAAUACAUCUAGAUGAUGCAAAUGAAUCCGACCAUUUUGAGAAUAUUCAAUCUACAAACUGGCAGACUAUGAGGUUUAAACCGCCACCUCCAAAUUCAGAUAUUGGAUGGAGAGUGGAGUUCAGACCCAUGGAGGUUCAGUUAACAGACUUUGAAAACUCUGCAUAUGUUGUGUUCGUGGUAUUGCUAACGAGAGUGAUUCUGUCAUAUAAACUGGAUUUUCUCAUUCCUUUGUCCAAGGUGGAUGAAAACAUGAAGAUGGCCCAGAAAAGAGAUGCUGUCCGGCAGGGACUGUUUUACUUCAGAAAGGACAUUUGCAAAGGUGGAAACACUGUUGUGGAUGGAUGUGGCUCUGCACAGAAUGGAACGGGCACUACUGACACACAAGAAGAGUACACCUUAAUGAGCAUUGAUACAAUUAUAAAUGGGAAGGAAGGAGUCUUUCCUGGUUUGAUCCCAGUUUUGAAUUCCUAUCUUGAAAACAUGGAAGUGGAUGUGGACACAAGGUGCACCAUCCUAAACUACCUGAAGCUAAUAAAAAAGAGAGCAUCUGGAGAAUUAAUGACAGUUGCUCGAUGGAUGAGGGAAUUUAUUGCACAGCAUCCAGACUACAAGCAAGAUAGUGUGAUUACUGAUGAAAUUAAUUACAGCCUUAUUUGGAAAUGCAACCAAAUCGCUCAAGGCCAGGCAGAGUGUCCUGAACUCUUGGGGGUAGGAUUUAAUAAGAAACAAAGUGGAAACAAAACUGGCUCUUUGUAAUGAAUGAAUGUUUCUUAAAUAACAAAGUUUAAGCCUUUUAGCAAAGCACUAGUGAAGAUACUGUGAAUCUGGCACAGUUUCAUGGUGUGAAGACCAAAACAGGGAUACUGCACUAUAAAAUGGGCCAAUCUGCCUAAAUAUUCGUUUAAGGCAUCCUAAAAUGGGCAUAUUCUUAUUGUUGAGGUUUAUACAAUGUACAUGUAAAUAGUAAAAUAUUUUUGAUUAACAUCAAUGUAUUUUAAUAACAUUGUAUCUAAAGUUAUUGUGAAUUAGCUGGUAACUUUUUUAUGCUUAUUCUAGAAAAAAAAAUUGUCCUGGACAGCUUUGUAAAUGUAAUGGUACUUGUAUAUUAUAUGCAUUCCAGUUACUGAAUGUUUACUGUAAUUUUUUUAACCUGGAAUGUGCUAAGUAAUCUACCUUAUUGUGUAAGAAAAAAAAAAAAUCUUCUGGACCGGUCUGAAUCACAGAUACUUCUUCCUUCCAUUUGGGAUUUGAAAGUAUGUAGGAACAUAUACAAGCAUGUGCAUCCUAUUAGUGAGUCUUUACAGCAGUUUCUCAGUUGCCAAAUAACCUGCAUCCACUAUAAACUGUAAAACUCAGAAAAACAGAUCUGCCUUCAUUCAGAUAAUGCCUGCAGGUGCAUUGUUGUGUUUUUCCUCCCCCAUCUGAAGUAAAUCUGUGCACAGUUCAUAAUUUUUCCUGAUGAUUUAAGAGAAAAGCAGUGAAGGGGGAGAUGUGGUGAAAGAAAGGAAGAAAUGAGAGCUGAACAUAAAGCUUUCUUUACAAAAGAACCAGAGAGAUCUGCUCUGGACUUCAGCAGCACCCCUUAACUGCUCUUUCUCCCACAUUAUUGCUGUUCCCACAGCUGUCAGUGACUGCAGCACAAAAACAAGGACCUGAGCAUUCUUCCUAAAGGUUGGAUUUCACAUUUGUCAUUCAUUAUUAAAAAUAUCUUUGUCAGCAUGUUUAUUUUCUGUAAGGUACUUUAUGUAGAUAGCUGAGUUACCUACAUAACUGUAGGUAUGGAAAAUUUAAUCCCUUCUAGAAAAUAGUUAUAAAGAAAUUAUGGAAUGCACUAAUUCUUUGAAUUGGAAGCCAGUGCUGGGGAGUGACUGUAAAGUAUUUAAAACUAUACAUUGCAACUGUAAAUAAAGCAAACUUAAGGGGCCUUUUUGAUUUAGCUUCUUAACUGACUUCUAGGAGUGAAUUGCAGUAGGGGUAGAUUCCACAAAGCUUGAUGCAAGCAUAUAUAAAUACUUAAGGUGUAAUGAUUUUUUUAAAAAGAACUAAUGGAGAAAUUGCAAUGAAGAGGUGCACUGAGAAUAAAGUUUAGACUUUGUUUUGUUGUUCACAGGUGUGCUUUAGAGAAUAAAAAAAAAAGAAUGCUUUUUUUCUGCAGUGGUGAAUUUGCUUUAAGAUGUACACAUAUGGUAAUUUAGUUUCUGUAAUAAGGAAAUAAAAAUAAAAUUUGCAGAAUGUGUUGCUCA